CAAGAGCGGGAAGUCGCUUGUAAAGGAAAUAAACAUUUUAGUAAAUAAUACAAGGUUCCUGACAAAACAGAAUACAAAUGGUUCCAUUGGAGUCUAGAUGGUUCUUCAGUGUAAUAGGAGAGAAGGAGUAACUAAAGGGUAUAAAUGCAGGAAAAUUUGUACAUCUUAUGGUGUUAAACCCAGGUAAUUUGUCGACUUAUAUAAAUCCACUUGGAAGGAAAUACCUCAUCUAUUGAAAGUGAGGGGAGGGUGAGAAUGUGUGAAAUUAAAGGCAUGGAGAGCGUUAGCAGUGUUUUGGGAGCAUGGAAGAUCGGUUAACUAACCAAGACGUCAUUCUGAAGCCACUGUGAGAGGUGACUCCUGCUGUCAGGCAGCCCUGGAAAAGGCACUGUGUGGGGGUAUUCUUCCACAGCUGUGGCGAACGGUCAGCAGGAAUAGGAAAUGAUGUUGGUCUUACGGAAGACCUGUUGAAACGGGUAGCCGAGUUACACUGGGCAGUAGAAAGGAGAGUGGAGGCUGAAGUGUGGGAAUUGGGGCAGUGCAGUGGUUCCUGUGUGGUACAGAAUACCAGCAUGGGGAGUAAUUUUUUGUGAAAGAGCAAAAAGGAGAAUGCAUUGCAAAAAUAGGAUGGGUCCUCUGAAUUUUCUUUUAAUUCUCACAGAAGGAUAUGUGUUUAUUGACUUUUAGAGAGAGAGGAAUUGGGAGAAAAAGAGAGAGAGAACAUUGAUGGAUUGCCUGCUGUAUGCACCCCAACUGGGGAUCAAACCUGCAGCCCACGUAUAUGCCCUGAACGGGAAUUGAACUCACACUCUUUUAUGGAAUACGGGACAAUGCUCCAACCAACUGAGCCACUCAGAGGGCAUGGGCCUCUGGAUUUUAAUGUUGAAGGUACUGUUCCAGAUGUGCUGUGUAACCCUUAAGGAAUCUCUGCCUAAAAGGCAGGUGGAAGCAAAUGCAAAUUAUAUGUGUCCUUUUCUAACGUAUGCUUAUAUGCAUUGUAUAUGCUAGUAUUUGUGUAAUUUUUGUCACAUUACUAAAGUUUUCUGAGCUUCUGAUCAUGUCAUUUAUUAACUUUAUAAAUAAACCAUAAUCAGCAGGGUUCCUUUGAAGAACAAAUAAGCAAAUGUAUGUCAGUCUCUUUGCACAGGAUCACAUGUAAUGAAGCUUUACUGUUACAAGUUACAAAUGGCUUUGCCUCCUGUUGCUUGGACUGUGUGUCAGUGAAAACCCAGAAGACAGUUGACAGCUGUGCUAGUGACAAUGGCAUCAAGGCGAUUGGCAGUCCUGGCACCGUCUGAAGCAACAUCCCUGAUGUUUUAGGAAGCCGUGUCCUUCGAGGAUGUAGCUGUAGACUUCACCCAGGAAGAGUGGGCCCUGCUGGACACACCCCAGAGAAAACUGUUCACAGAGGUGAUGCUGGAGAGCAUCAGUCACCUGGUCUCGAUUGGCAGUCAGCUCUACAAAUCAUACGUGAUUUCCCAUUUCAAGGAGGGAGAGCCACUUUCAAGAGAAGGGAUUGGUGUUCUGCAAGGCCCGAGUCCAGGUGAGCACCAGAGGCUGUGCUUCAGGAAGAGAAAGAGCCUUGUCAUCAUUUCAGAAAGGAGAGAUGAUUUUAAAAAACAAGAAAUAUUAUCCACUCAACAUUUUCACAAGAAGGACACAUCCCUGAUCAGUGCAGUGCAGAGAUUUUACACUCAAGAAGAGCCUUUUGAAUGUAAUGAUUUGGGAGAAAAGUGGACUAAAAUCUUAACAUUGACUCGGUGCAUGAUACCUCACAUGGGAAAGAAACCCCAUAUCAUACAAGAAUUUAGAAAAGUGAUCAAUUACUUUAAUCAACAUAAACAAAUUGAUGCUAGAAAUAAAUUGUUUGAAUGUCAACGUGGGAAUGCUUUGUUUCAACUCUCAGCCAUUAGACAACACAGUAAUACUCAAAAUGGAGAGAAGUCAUUUGAAUGUCAUGUAUGUGGGAAAUCCUUUGGUAACAGUUCUAACUGUAGACGACAUGAGAUUAUUCACACUGGAGUGAAACCACAUGGAUGUCAUCUAUGUGGAAAGGCCUUCACUCAUUGUUCUGACCUAAGAAAACAUGAAAGAAUUCACUUUGGAGAGAAACCAUAUGGAUGUCAUCUGUGUGGGAAAGCCUUCAGUAAAAGUUAUAACCUUAGCCGACAUGAGAUGAUUCACACUCGAAAGAAACCACAUGAGUGCCAUCUAUGUGGGAAGACCUUUACUCAGUAUUCUGACCUUACAAAACAUGAAAGAACUCACUUUGCAGAGAAACCAUAUGGAUGUCAUCUAUGUGGGAAGACAUUCAGUAAGCUGCCUUACCUUAGACAACAUGAGAGAACUCACAAUGGAGAGAAACCACAUGAAUGUCAUCUAUGUGGGAAGGCCUUUACUCAUUGUUCUCACCUUAGAAAACAUGAGAGAACUCACACUGGAGAGAAACCUUAUGAAUGUCAUCUGUGUGGAAAAGCCUUUACUGAUUCUUCUGUCCUGAAACGACAUGAGAGAACUCAUACUGGAGAGAAGCCAUAUGAGUGUCAUAUAUGUUGGAAAGCCUUCACUGAUUCUUCUGUUCUUAAACGACAUGCGAGAACUCACACUGGAGAGAAGCCAUAUGAGUGUCACCUCUGUGGGAAAGCCUUCAAUCACUCUUCUGUCCUUAGACGACAUGAGAGAACUCACACUGGCGAGAAACCAUAUCAAUGCAAUAUAUGUGGGAAAGCCUUCAACAGAAGCUAUAACUUUGGACUGCAUAAGAGAGUUCACACUGGAGAGAAACCAUACAAAUGUUAUCUAUGUGAAAAAGCCUUCAGUAAAUAUUUUAACCUUAGACAGCAUGAGAAAACUCACACUGUAAAGGUUAUAAAUGUGGAAGAUUCACUACCCGUUGAUUCAGACUCUAAACACCCUUGAGGGACUCACAUGUUGGGGGAAAAAGCAGUUUGUAAUCCGUGUGGAAGAGCCUUUAUUCAUCCUUAUUUCAUUCAAUUGAAGUUAAAUAAAUAUGGGGAGAAUCCA